GGCCAGAGGCGGGUGACAGGCGCUCGCAGGUGCCGCCUUGGCCGCUCCGCAGUCCGAGCGAGGACAGGCGCCUCCCGCCGCGCCCCAACUCGCAGCGGCUGUUCCCGUCCCUCCGCCUCCUCCCCCUGCUGCUGCUGCUGCGGCGGCGGCGCGUGGCGCGAGAGGCAGCUGCGCGCGAGGCGAGCAGAAAGAGAGCGCGCGGCGGCGGAGGGAGCCGACCCGGGAACAGUGCUUUGCUGCAGAAUUUUCUACUGGAUUGCAAACAUAAAGAAGGUUUCUGAGAUCUUGGAAGCAAGUGAGCAACUCUCACAGCCUUGGCACAGUGUCAGCUGCUUUAUUUCAAGGAGAAAACGCACAUUAAAACUCGCCACCUUGAAAAAUUGUGUUUCUCAGAAGGCAUCUGCAGUGGUUUGAAUUUGUAAGUGAUGCCGGUGGUGCUGAUGUGACUAACACCUAAGAAUUUGUGAGAGAAGAACAACCCAAACUUCUGGACUAUUUUUUUUAGUAUUUUCUUAUUCUUUGUGUCGUUCCAACAAACUCUGCCAAAGUAUGCCAGCCAAAACCCCCAUCUACCUAAAAGCCGACAACAAUAAGAAAGGGAAGAAGUUCAAGUUGAGGGACAUUUUGUCUCCAGAUAUGAUCAGCCCGCCUUUGGGGGAUUUUCGCCACACUAUCCAUAUCGGGAAGGAAGGACAGCAUGAUGUAUUUGGAGACAUCUCCUUUUUGCAAGGAAAUUACGAGCUCUUACCUGGGAACGAGGGAGAAACGGCCAGCCAACGUGACGGCCACAGUGAAUUUCUGCGGGCAAACAGCACCUCUGACUCUGUAUUUACCGAAACGCCUUCUCCGGUACUCAAAAAUGCCAUAUCCCUUCCUGCCAUUGGUGGUUCUCAAGCCCUCACUCUGCCCUUGUUGUCACCGGUGACAUUUAAUUCAAAGCAGGACUCCUUGGGGCCAUUAAGAAACCCCAGGCAUAGCUGCGAGCCCGUAAUGGAAGAAAAGUUGCAGGAGAAAAGCAAACACUUGGAGAAUGGGAAAAUGUACAAAGAUGACAUCACAUGGGAGCGGAAGGCCCCGCCAUCUCAUUAUUCUAACGGAAGAGACAGUCAUUCAUCCAGCCUUUCAGGACAAUACACUGAAUGGCGAACAGAGGAAUUUUUGGACCACAGUAAUCUCUCCUGUGAUUUCACCAAGACUCAGUGGUCCCAGCCUAAGCCAGAUGAUGCCCUUUCGGAUCUAGCAGAGCCGCUUCUUUCUUUGCAGCUUGACCUUGGACCUUCACUUUUGGAUGAAGUGCUCAGUGUAAUGGACAAAAACAAAUCAUAGAACUUGCUGCUCCUUUCAGCCUGGUCAUUAAUAUAGACGCAACUUAAAAUAUAUGGGCAUCCUCCAUCCCAAGGUACAACAAUUGCAGCUGUAAUCUUAUGCACACACUUCAUAGAGAAUAAGGAUGCAUCCUCACUGUAGAGUUAAGGAAGGUUGAUGCUAUUUUAACUGCUUGGACUCAAUCCUGUGGAACUGUGGGAUUUGUAGUUUAGUGAGGCACCAGCACUAUUAAAGACCUUGUACAAUGACAUCAUCCACAAUUCCAUAGCAUUGAGCCAGGGCAGAUAAAGUGGCAUCAAACUGCAUUAAUUCUACAAUGUAGAUACACCCUAAGGCUCAAUAAGCUCAAAAAGCCUUAUUCUUAAUAUAUAUUUGUGCACACCCAUUGAUUUCAUUGGGGAAGCUAAGAAAAGUUACCCAUUGAAAACAAUUGGAAUUGAAGUAUGCUUAACUUCGGGUGAAUUCAGCCUUAUGUGUAUGUGUAUAUGUAUAUAUAUAAUCAACUCUCUUUGCAGUUGACAGGUUUUCUAAAAACAAAUAACUUAAAAACUAUUUUUUUACACAAUUUCCAUGGUUUUUAAACAUGGCUAAUGUCUCAUAAUAGGGACAUGUUUUAACAUCAUGAUUUUAAACUAUAUUAAAAUGUUUUCUAAGAGCCAAGACGAUGUCGUCACUGUAAUAUUUGGGUGGAUUCUGCGAGUUGGGAUCAUUCAUUCAUUUUUAAAAACUGUUUUGGUUCUCAAGGAUCUCAUACGUGCCACACAGAAGAUUUAUGAAGUGAAGGUUAAAUGUUAAUUAGUCCAAUAUUACUUAAUCUGUAACUGCUCUCUUCCCAGAGUGGUAGUGGGAUGGGUUUUUCUUCUAAUAUAUGCCGUGUUUUUCAUUCAGGCUGCACUGUUAUUGUUGAGUGUUAAUGCAUAGUUCAGUGCUCAAAUGGGAAUUGGGAUUUUUUUUGGUCUGUUAUGGGAAAUAUGCAUAGCCUGUAUAAACUGAUGCCACUGAAGUAUUUGGUUUUCCUGUAUGAAGUUUUGACUCAAGUUUAGAAAUACUACUUUCUUGGAUUAUAUGUCCCAGGAUGCUUCCAGUCAGCCUGACCAGUGGGAUUCUGGGAGUUAUCAUUCAAAAAAACUUUUCCAAGCUCUAUUCUCUAUAUGUGUUCUGUCUUGGACAAUCCAGUAUAAAAAAAAAUGAAAAGGCAAAGUUUAAAGUUGUUACUUUAUGAUAUGGGAUGGAAUUAGUUUUCAUGCUCAUUAAAUACACAGAGAAGGAGAAAGACAGGAUUUUUAUCAGAAAACAAUUGUUUGACAAUUUCUUGGAACACCUUUGUAUAAACUGUAUAUUUGUGUGUGUUUGCAAAAAAUAUGUACUUGCUCUUUUAGCAUUGUUCCUUCAGACAUUGACAUACAAAUGCUUAAAAUUUUGCAAUGGAUUACUUUUUGGUUGAAGAAAAAGCACCAGCCAUUCUGGAUGCUCCUAGGAGGGUGUGCUGCAGCAGUUGAUAUUCCAGGGAACAGAAAGAUGUUCCUGCAUUGCGUAGAUACUUUGUGCAAUAUAAUAAAGAAAGAAAUGUGGAAAA